CGCAGUAAGGCUGAAGACGUAAUGAUGCUGCGCGCGCCCUGCACACUCUCUGUUUCUCACACUUCAGCAACGACUUGACGACCUUUUAACAAACUAACAUUAACCUGGAUUCGGACAAUAUGGGUAAAGAAGACAUGGUGUGCCGACCAGCAGCGCUGAAAUUCACUAUCGAUCACAUCCUUAACAAGGACUUUGAUGCAAAUCGCCAAAAUUCACAGCACACCUCAGAGAGCAGCUGUUCGUCGUGUGAAGACCAGAAAUGUCAUGAAACAGAGCACAGAGGUAGCGACGUCUAUGGUCACUCUCUGAGCAUCACGAUGAGUGAAAAGUUUCCUAAAAAUCCCAGCAGCAGAGAAAACCACAAGAAGCCCAACCCGCUGGCGAAGAAGAAAACGCGCACCAUUUUCUCCAAAAGACAAAUCUUCCAGCUGGAGUCGACUUUCGACCUGAAGCGCUACCUGAGCAGUGCUGAGCGAGCAUGUCUGGCCAACUCCUUACAGCUGACCGAGACACAGGUGAAAAUCUGGUUUCAGAACAGGAGGAAUAAACUCAAACGCCAGAUCUCCACAGACGGGCCGUACAGAGGAAGUGUUGGGAGUAAUAUUUUUGGAGGAUGUUUGUUGCCCACUCCUGUUCCACUUCUGUACACAGGGAACUCUCCUCCACAUUACCUGUAUCUCUCCCAGGCCAGCAAAUAUUUCAGCCUUUUCGAUGGAGAUACGUGAUUUCUCACAACACAGAUGUUUGCUUUUUUUUUUUCUUUUUUUUAAUUGCAUGGAGAAUACGCAAACAUCUGGAAGCACAACACUGGACUGCAAGUCAUUUUAACUUGUGAUCAUAGCUGCACAAAAAUAAUUGAACAGUAAAUCUAUCAUGACUAUUUUACUAUGCAAGAUGUUAAUAAGGGGAACAUGAAACAAUUCCCUGAUAGGCUUUAUAACGCAUGUGACAGUCAUAAAAUGAUGAAAUCACAUCAUUUGAAAAACCAAAAUACUGCUGUAGAAAAAGACAAUCAAUGAUCUUUUUUAAAAAAUUUGAGUUAGAAGUUAGUUUUUAUUCUAAGAAAAACACAGUGUUUGCUUUAAUCAGUAUCACUAAACCAUGGAGCAUUACACUGCAACAUGCUGAUCAGUGCAGUUUAACUGUGAACUCAUUUAAACACAAAUGUAUUUUAGAAUAGUUUAGGAUAUCAAUAUUUGGUUUUCAUGAUUUUGUUAAAUAUAUUGUUCUUUGUGACAUUUCUGGCAACUGGGUUAUAUUUCUAUAAAAUACCUCCAGCUCUUAUCUUGGUGCAUUUUUUACUCUUAUUUAAAUGAAGUGAGUAAAUAAUCUAAACUGCUAACUGUAAACUAAUGAUAUAUAUAUAUAUAUAUCAUAUUUUUCAAAUCAAAAUUGUUCUUAAACAUUAAAAAUUUGGCAGUAAACAUUCAAAGAAGUACACAUAUAUGUAUGUAUGUUCGCACACUCUCACACAUUGUUAUAUAUUUGUGCAAAUAUAUAUUGGGAAAAGAAUUGUUAUUUGAAGAGCGUUCUCAGAGGCCAUAGUUAGCUUUGUUCUCCAAUUUUUCCAGGUCACUUAAUCCUUUUGUGGUCAAGCUUGUCUCUGCUUCCAUCUUUCAGAGCAAAUUAAGCGUCUGGUCGAGCCAAAAUGUGCAUACAGCCUCCAAGUAAAUACUUAGUAUUGAUUAUUUACACCUUGUUCUCAUGUAUAUGCCAGCAAAUCUGACUGUGUUCAAUAAAUAAAUAAAUAUGCAACAUUAAAAACGCCCAAGAUAUGCUAAAGAAAGCUGAGCCAUAUUUAUAUUAUAUUUUAUAAUGUAUUAUUAUUAUUAUUAUUAUUAUUGCCUCAUAAUAGUUAACUCUCAUUCUCUGAAAAAGACUACUUCCACUAAAGAACUACAAAACAAUAUCAGACCAUUAUAUUCUUUUGUCAGCGUAUUUAGUUUACUUAUACCAUUCUAAAGGUAUUUACAGGGUGUUCCAAAGGUCUCCUUUGAAUGCCAGCAUGCCUUCAUUGUGCCUUCAGUGGAUGUUUGUUGACGUCCACUUCUCAGUUUCCGUCUUUCUGAAUUUGUUUCAACAGACGUUUGACAAGAGUGUCAUGAGACUUUGUGACAGCUUCCCGAUCCAGCCAUGAAAAUGAUUUCAGUAUG